UUGUAACGUGACGUUGCCAUGGCAUUAUUUUUAUUGACGGCUUUAUUAAACCACAAAUAACUUUAUUGUGAAAUUGAUUUAGAGCUUAUCACAAGCAGUAAAGAGCAUGGAGCCAAGCGUAACUGCGCGUGUUGUUUACAAAUUGUGCUUGCAUUGAUUUAAAUUGGCUGCUAGUGCGUGCGAUUGUGCCAAAAAUAAAAGUAGUGAACAAGAAAAGAAAAAAAAAAAAUACAGUGUCCAAGAAGAAGCAGUGCCAAGUCGUCGCGCUGCUACGCUCUUUUUUGUCGACGUCUUUUACUUUUCUCGUUUGUAAUCAUUUUCCAGCCAUUCGUAUGUGUUUCUUUCUAUGUAGUGUACAACAAAUAUUAGAGCUCAAGAGCUGCUAAUUAAAUUAUAAACAUACAGAAGCGUUAAGCAGUCGGACGGACAGCAAAGCGAGAGACGGAGAGCGAGAGAGAGAGAGAGACUAAGAGACUAGUGAGCCAAACCCACACGGCCCCAAACCCAAACUAAACUUAACGUGUGUGUGCAGCGCUGCUUUGGCCCAUUUAUCAUUGAAAACUAGCAGCAGCGGAUAGCAGAAAUUAGCAAUAGCGGCGCCAGCAGCAGCAGCAACAACAACAGACGCCGCAGCAGCAGCUUUCACCAAAUUCAAAUCUAGUUUAACUUGGCGCUGGCCGCUGCUCCUUGCAGCAUGUAGAACGCCAAAAAAUACAAGAAGCAACCACAACAACAACAACCUCAAUUAAUUGGCGCAAGUACACAAAAGAAAUAGCAGCGAAAACAGCAAAAUGUCCUUCAUAACAAACUUGAAGAAGGUCUUCCACCUGGGCGGCGGUGGAGAGGCCAAAAAGAAACGCCUAUAUAACAAUAUCAAAAUGGAUACGGAUCCAGCGGAAGUAUGGGAAAUGGUCGGUGAACUAGGCGACGGCGCCUUUGGCAAAGUCUACAAGGCGCAGCACAAGGAGCACAGACGCUUUGCAGCAGCCAAAAUGUGCACGCUGGAGGAUGAGGAGAAUCUAAGCGAUCACAUGGUCGAAAUCGAUAUACUCUCGGAAAUUAAGCAUCCGAAUAUCGUUGAGCUCUACGAGGCGUUCUCCAUAGAUGACAAACUUUGGAUGCUCAUUGAGUACUGCGAUGGUGGCGCCUUGGAUAGCAUUAUGGUGGAACUGGAGAAACCUUUGACCGAACCACAAAUCGCUUAUGUAUGCAAACACAUGACCGAAGGUCUAACCUUUCUGCACAAGAACAAGGUCAUACAUCGAGAUCUUAAAGCCGGCAAUGUGCUGCUCACCAUGGAGGGUGGCGUCAAAUUGGCGGACUUUGGUGUCUCGGCUAAGAAUAAACAUACAAUGCAAAAGCAUGACACCUUCAUUGGCACACCCUACUGGAUGGCACCGGAGCUGGUGCUAUGCGAAACAUUUCGCGAUAAUCCUUAUGAUCACAAGGUGGACAUUUGGUCGCUGGGCAUAACGCUUAUUGAGCUGGCGCAAAUGGAGCCGCCCAAUAGCGAAAUGUCGCCCAUGCGUGUGCUGCUGAAAAUACAAAAAAGCGAACCGCCCAAGUUGGAACAGCCCAGCAGAUGGAGCAAGGAAUUUAAUGAUUUUCUCAAAAAGUCUUUAGUCAAGGAUCCACAGCUGCGUCCAUCUACAGAGAAUCUACUGCAACAUGGUUUUAUCAACAGCAAUUUAGAUGCCAAACCCAUCAAGGACUUGCUGCUUGAGUACAAGGCCGAAGUCGUUGAAGAAGUUGUCGAUGAUGAGGCUGAGGAACCCCGCAACUCGGCGCUCCAGCUCGACCUGGACGAUGACUCUGCUUCGCUGCAGAGCCAAGACAUUGAUAAAUUACCAGGUACACCUACAUCCAUAUUGCGGGAUUCCAAAGAGCAAUCCCAACCAGCAGCUGCCGCAGCAGCAACAACAGCCACGACUAAAGCAACCACACCGGACAGACCAAAUCAGAGCAAGGAGAACUUGGCGCCAGCCUUGGCAGAAACAGCUCCAGCUGCUGCCGCGCCCACAAUGCAUACCAAAGUGCCAGCUCCAGCGCCGCCAACGCCGCCACAGCUACAACUACAAAAGUCAAUUGAGGAAACAAAUGCUUUGGAAGCAGCCGACAAAGCCGAGCAGGAUAAAAAGCACUUUGUCAAAAAGGAAAAGGGCAAGGCGCCGCCACCGCCACCAUCAGUUGCAGCCGUCGUCGCUGCUCCUGCCAAGAAACCACAAGCGGCUGCAGCUGAAGCAGUCAAGCAAACAGCGGAGCCAAUUGAAGUUACCAUUGGCCAAGAUGGCAGCGAAGGCAAACCGCAGCCGCCCUCACCAACUGCCUCAUCGAUUAUAUCAGUGCAGUCGGUGUGCUCCAGUGGCUCCAGCACGGGCAGCGUAACAGGCGCUGUGCUAAGCUCGAGCACAUCGUUGAUAACCAUCAACAGCAGCGAGGCAUCGCCGGCGCUGCGACCGCAGCAACCGCAUUUGGUGCUGCCGAAUAGUCUGGAGUCUGUUAGUCAAAUUACAGUGGUGACCAGCACACAUCCGCCGGUUAUAAUUGACAAUACCCAGCCGCAGAACGAGGUUAUCAUUGUGUCCAAUGAUAUGAACAAGAGCACGCAUCUGCAUGAAUCCUCAACGGACGAUGAUUUUCCCUCGCUGGACGACAGCCUGGGCGAUCAGUUGAAGCAGUCCUCCAUGAUUUUGAGUGUGAAUGAGCGUCAGGAGAGCAGCGCAGCCGCCGCCGCUGCUGCAGUGCAUGCACGCAAGCUGGACGAGAGCGAGGUGCUCAUUGUUAGUCCAUCGUAUGCGGAUGAUGAUUCCGCGUAUAAUACAGCCUCGGGCAGUCAUGAGCAUAGCGAGCAUCUGAUGGACACCAGUCAUGUGUCUGUGGUCACUGUGGGCGAUGAGGUGAUUAAGGUUAAGGACAGCAGCCAUCAGCGGCCGCAGCAGUCCAAUGGCUGUGACGGCAUGCCGGAGGAUGUGGGCAUUAUAGUGAAUCGCUUUAAGCCCGGAGGAGCAGGCGAGCAGGAGAAGCGCAGCUCGCCGGACAGCAGUCUGGGCAGCGAGAACGGACGGCGCGGCAUUGAGGUGCAGAUAACGGGUGGAGCGGGAGCAGGAGCGGGAGCUGGAGGUGAUGCCGAUAGCAUUGGCACCAACACUAGUCAGGAUAGUCGCCAUGAGGUGGACAACAACAAGCAGUUGACAUCGAUGAUGAUGCCGCCGCCGCCGCCUUCCAUGACGUUGAACAAUCAACGCACGCAGCAGGCCAUCGAGGAGGAGGACGAGGCCGCGGAUGUGGUCAUCAUACGCCAAAAGCCGCGACCCAAGCCCAGCGCAGGACUCACCAAGGAGGAAAUCGAGCUGCGCAAUUUGCGUAAAAAGACACGAAAGCGCACGCGUAAGUUCGAAAUCGAUGGCGUGCAAAUGACCACGACCACCAGUCGCGUCAUCUAUGGCGAUGAGGAGAACGGACGCAUCUAUGAUGAUCAUGAUUUCCGCAAGCAGGAGCUGCGCGAACUCAAGCUGCUGCAGAAGCAGGAGAAGAAACAGCAAACGGAGCUGCACAUGAAGGAGCAGGUGGCCAAGGAGCAGCAGGAUCGCCGCUUCGAGCAGGAGCGCAUCUCGCUGGAGAAGACCUAUGAGGCGGAUAUGGAAACGCUGGCGCGCCAGCAUAAGCAGCUAAUCGAAAAGACCGAACAGACGCAGGAGAACGAGCUGCGCAGCUCCUCGAAGCGCAUACGCUCCGAGCAGGAGCAGGAGCUGAAAAUCUUUCGCGAGAACCUUAAGCAGGAGAUACGUCUGCUCAAGCAGGAGGUCGAUCUGUUUCCCAAAGACAAGCGCAAGGAUGAGUUCAAGCAGCGUCGCACCGCCAUGGAGCUGGACCACGAGGAGAAGGAGCGCGCGUUUCUCGAUUCGCUCAAGGAGCGACACGAGCUGCUGCUGCGUCGCCUCAGCGAGAAGCAUCGCGAUCAUCUGGCCACCAUUAAUCGCAACUUCUUGCAGCAAAAACAGAAUGCCAUGCGCACGCGUGAGGCGCUGCUCUGGGAGCUGGAGGAGAAGCAGCUGCACGAGCGCCAUCAGCUGUCCAAGCGGCAUGUGAAGGAACUCUGCUUCAUGCAGCGCCAUCAGAUGAUCAUACGCCACGAAAAGGAGCUCGAUCAGGUCAAGCGCAUGCUGCAGCGCAAGGAGGAGGACAUGGUCAAGAAGCAAACGCUCGAGAAGCGAGCGCUGCCCAAGCGCAUUCGAGCUGAGCGCAAGGCGCGCGAUCUUAUGUUCCGCGAAUCGUUGCGCAUUUCCACCAAUCUGGAUCCCGAAAUCGAGCGAGAUCGCUUGAAGAAGUUCCAAGAGCAGGAGAAGAAGCGUUAUAUGCAGGAGGAGCGUCGCUUUGAAGUCAAGCAUCAGAAGCAAUUGGAGGAACUGCGCGCCACGCGCGAAAGCGCCAUUAGAGAACUGGAACAGCUGCAGAAUGAGAAGCGCAAGGCGCUAGUGGAGCAUGAACAUGCCAAGCUUGCCGAGAUCGAUGAGCGCCUGAAGGCCGAACUGCGCGACUGGCGUGAACAGCUCGUGCCACGCAAACAGCAUUUGUAUAAACUAAUGAGCGCCGCCAUCGAUGAGCACGAGCAGCGCUACGGCAUGGUCAGCAAACGGGAUGAGUUUGAGAAACUGGAGGUGGAGCUGCCCAUGCGACUGCGCGGCAUCUACAAUGAGCGCGCGUCGCGUCUGCUGCCGCGCAAUACGUUCAUCGAUCCGCUGCAGCAGCUGCAGCUGCCACGUUCACGCAACUCGCUGCUAAUGCUGGGCAGCAGCGGCUCCGGCUGGAGUCAAAACUUUCGCGGCUCGGCGCCCGAUUUGAGUCGCAGUGUGCCCAAUACGCCAAUUUUGCAUAAGCAGCAGCGCGCGCAAAUGCGCAGCGAGCUGGUGCUGCAGGAGGAAGAGGAUGAUGCAGAGGAGCAGCAGCAGCUGCGCGCCAGCACAGCAACGCUGCCGUCGCAGGCGCAGCUGCGUCUUAUAGUGCCAACGCCCAAUGAGCUGGUCAAGGUGGUGACCAGCACGCCGCCCAUCAAUAGCGCUGAGGACUUGCAGGCCAAGCCCGCUAUGAGCACGUUCAAGACGCCGGCGACGCCCAAAACUCCCGAUGAGCUGGGCCUGGUCAGCAAUCGCUUUAGCCGCCUGGAGCUCAGCGAUGCGCAGGCUGCCGCCGUCGAGCUGCGCAUACACGAGGGUCCACAGCUGACGGCGCAUACGCAGCGCCUGCUGCACUCCACUUCGUUUGCCAUAAAGCGUCCAUCGCUCGCCAGUCGCAGCAGCGGACGCAGCUCGCUGAGCAGCGCUCAGUCCAUGUACAACAUGCACGAGCUGAGCAGCUCCACGCGCUACUGCAGCGAUGCGGAGCUGAUAUUCGAUGCCGGCCGCAAGGCAGCAGCGCUGCUGGACGAAGUGCAGCCGCAGCUGCGCUCCACACUCAAAGUCAAUGGCGCUGCCAACGGGCACAGCGAUGACUUCUACUGCGAACUCUAUGCGGCCAAGUACAAGUUGCCGCGCAUCCAUCAGCGUCAGCACAGUCUGGAGGCGCAGCAGCAGCUUGACUCAUCGCAUGCCUAAGCGACGCUACUCAAGGCGUGUCUUCCACCUAUCAAAUUUACAGCGCCCUACGCUAUCGCUUCACACACACACACACACGUACACACACACACAUACAUACCUAACAAGCUAUGAAUUAACACUAACACUAACAUAACAUAUUAUUUAACUAACUUUGCUAACAUUUAUUAUUUUUUUCUGCGCUGCGCUGUAAAUUGCCAUAACAACUUGUUUGCCAAAGUUAUUAAAGUUUACUUUUUUUAUUUGUUUUUGUUAAAAAUAUAAAUUGUUUACUAAUUUAUAAAAAAAAAACCAGCUCGGGCGGCCCUUAACUAGAGUGUGCCUUAUUUUUCAAUGUUUAGCAAAAAAAAAUUAACAAAAUUAGUUUUAUCGACGAAAAUUUUUAUAA